AUGAGACAAGACGAGAUGGAAAUCAACUCGCAUUACAGAAAGACUCAGAAGGCUGAUUUGAUUAAUCUAAACGUCGACUCGACCUAUGGCUCCGAUCAAGACUCGGCCUACACCGGCUCCAUCACAUCGUCCAUCUACAACUACCAGUAUGAAAACGGCCGUCGCUAUCACGCUUACAGAGAGGGCCAGUACGUCCUGCCCAACGACCAGCAAGAACAGGAGCGGCUCGAUCUCCAGCAUCACAUAUGGCGCCUCCUAAUCGGCGGCCGCCUCUUCACAGCGCCUCUGCCGUCGCCCGACAGCGAAGACGAGCUGCGCAUCCUCGACUUGGGCACGGGUACCGGCAUCUGGGCGAUUGACAUAGCCGACGAGUUCCCCAACUCGUCCGUCUUUGGCGUCGACCUGUCGCCGAUCCAGCCUGAAUGGGUGCCCAACAACUGCCGCUUCCACGUCGACGACUACGAGGAUCAGUGGACGUACCACGAGGACGAAAGGUUCGACUACAUACAUGGUCGGGCCCUCAGCGGCACGUCAGCUGACUGGCCGCGGUUUUAUCAGCAAGUGAUGCAGAACCUCAAGCCCGGCGGCUGGCUGGAGAUGCAGGAGUACGAUGCGUGGAUCUUCAGUGAUGACGAUAGCUGUGACCGCGCGCCAUGGACGAUGGAAUGGGUCGACAAGCUGGACGCUGCGAGCAAGAUGUACGGCAAGCAGAUUAACGUGGCCCAGUAUCAGAAGCAGUGGAUCCUCGACGCGGGUUUCGAGGAUGUUGAGGAGAAGAUAUACAGGAUACCGAUCGGACCAUGGGCCAAGGAUCCUACACUAAAGGAGCUGGGCAAGUUUGAGCUCACGCACAUGCAAAUGUCUGUCGACUCGCACACGCCAGCCCUUUUCACGCGCGUAUUGAACUACUCGAAAGACCAGGCAGAUGUGCUGAUGGAGGGUGUCAAGCGAGAGUUUCGAAGCCGAGACCUCCGGUUGAUUACUAGCUAUCGGUUUAUCGUGGGGAGGAAACCUCUCGACUCAUAGGGGAGGGGGGGUGUAGAUGAGGCGAAGGAGGAUGGGCUGAUAGAGCUGGCUUUCGGGCUGUAUCGAGAAUGCAUGUGUGAUGGGACAUUGAGACGGUGAGAGGGGAUUUGAGAUUUUUUGCAUUGAUUUGUUUUGUUUGCUUCUUAAAGCGUAUAUUAAUUUGGAAUUUGAAUACAGCUAUUUUUGCCAU